GUUUUCUCGGUCAGCUAACUCGCUCUGUUUGGUUAGAUACUUGGUGUAAUUAGUGUGAUAUUGAACAUGAUUUAAUACAUCGGGCUAAAAAAAUAUAAAAUAUCUAUUUUUUUUCUAAUUUUUUUUAACUUUGUCGCGUGUGAGGUUUGUAGUUUUAAAAGGCUAAACAACAGUGUGCUGUUUUGAAAUCUGUGGAAUUCCCGAGGCGAUAUUUGAGAAGAAUCAGUUGACUUCAAGAUGAAGGAGGAGGUGACUGCAAAGCGAGUUGCUAUUGUGGGCGGGGGUUUGGUAGGUUCAUAAUAAUAUAAUGUUUUUAUUUACUGUUUAUGCUAUUUAAAAGAGUAAAUAUUAUCAAUGUCCAAUAGGCCUAUUGAUUAAAUGACAUCAUUUCUAUUGUUCUUUUAUAUUGUUCGUUCUUUCUCGAUAAUUGGGGUGGGGCCAGGGUGCAUUCCAUGUAACCAAACGCGAAGAUCUUCGGCGUGGAGUUGCGAUGCCCUACGGCGCUGCGGCGUGCAAAUGCUAAUGUUGGCGUGCCGGCGUAGUCUUUUUUUCCCUCAACGGUGUACAAACUUAAUAUAAUACAAUCAGAAAAUAUCGUCGUUAAGUCUCUAUUGUUUAUCGGAUAACUUAACAGUUUCAUGAUCUUUUUUGCCAACCAAAUCAAGUAUAAUAUGUUACAUGCAGUGGUUUCAUAUUUGAUGAAACACUUCCUACUUAGUAUUCCUUAUAUAAAGAAUACUAAUUGGUUUUUGAAGCUGUUCAAUACACUCGCGACUCGUGUUUUAUUGUGUCUAAAACCACUCGCGCGCAGGGCCGUGCCGACCGGGGGGUGGGUGUAACACCCCCCCCCCCAAAUAAUUGCUCAUGUGGGCGAUUUCAGGUAAAUCCAGGUAGAUUUGCAGAAGAAAUUCAGGUAAAUGAACACAAAUUCAGGUAAUUUCUAGGCCCAGAGAAAGUUAAUUAACAAAAAUAAGUGUGAAUUUGGAGAAGAAUGAGCUAAAUUGACAAAAAUUUUAGAGAAUUGUACCAAAUUUUUGGAUUUAAGGAAAAAAAGUUGGAUAAAUGGAGAAAAUUUGGUAAUGCCGGGAAAAAUUGUUUUAUGCAACGAAAACUUUUGAGAUGUCGGGAAAAAAUUUUUGACCCCUAAAAUGGCACACUGACCGAAAUUUUUUUGGCGAGGGGGGGAGGUCGCCGUAAAAUUUUGCCAAAAUAUAGAUUAAAUAAAUCUGGCAGUCUGGCGGCGUGUGCGAAUUUUCCAGCGGAGGAACUUCGGCGUGCACUCUACAUGGAAUGCGGCUCGGAUAUUAUAUUCAUAUACACGUGUUCACGGACCAUAAAACAAUUGAUUUCAAAAUAAAUUAAUAAUGCAGAACACAAAUAUAUGAAUAAUUAUUGAGCCCCCCACCUAUCGAGCUUGCUAUGGCACUGGGAGGGGGGUCAACCAUUUAUUAUACUUUAAUUAUAAUAAAGAGGACAUGGCCAUAGAGCUCUGGCCAUAGAGAAUGGGGGGAGGGGUGCAGCAACCAAUGAUUUCAGAAUUUCUCAUAUUCAGAAAAUUUAGGCAUCUAUUUUGAAAUUAAAAUGUCCCUCAAGAAAAUGAUAAAAAGUAUAGCAUUCAUGUACAUACAGUACCCCAGUGUGGAAAGUUUGUAUCUUUUGGUGCUUUCUGUAUAUAAACUAUUAAAUUUUUGAAAUCUCCGGCGUGCUAUUUCCAAACUUUCCGGUCAGUGUAGUACUUGCAAAAUUGGAACUAUAUAGUCGGACUUUUUCGCCCCUGGCCUUGCCCGCUCUUUCAUUGCGAUGCACAAUAUGUUGUUUCUUCAUUAUGACCAGGCUGGGGCAUUGAAUGCAGUGUACUUGGGGAGCCGUGGAUACAAAGUGGACAUUUAUGAAUCUAAAGAAGGUAGGUACAGGGUAGGUAUGAAUAUAGUAUGAUCUUGCCAAGCAUGCUGCAACAUAAUAGCUAAGCUGCUCUCAUUUGAUCAUUUAAAAGACCGGGUUCAAAUCUGCUCUACGCAUGUGUCAUGUGAUGACAUUCCAACUCUCCUGAUUUUACUGGGAGUCUCCCAAAAAUUCAUGCAGUCUCCCGAUUUUUAUCAAAUUCUCCCUAUUUUUCAGAAUAUUCAGGAAAUAUCAUAAAAAAAUUAUAAAUAUACUGUUUUUAGCAACAUAAUAGUCUGUCUCGGACCUUUUUUGAAGUUACUUUAUGGCAUUUUAUAGGAUCAUUUAUAACAACAUAGUCCCAAAAUGCAGGAAACGCCAUUUCAGAACACUUAAUUUUUAUUAUUUUUCCCAGAAGAACUAGAUUUCAAUUCACUGAACAGUUUCCCUAAAUUUUACCUCCAGUAGUUGGAAUGUCUGCAUGUGAUGACCAUGACUGAUGUAAACAAUACCCAGAUUUUGCAUUGUUAACUGUUUUCGAAAUUGAAAUUCUAUUUUAUAUUAAUUUAAAAGCAUAUUGCCUAUUGGCGAACCAGGACAAUGUUUAAUAUUAAAGUGCAUCAUAUUUUAUGAAAUUAAGAAUAUAGUGUGCUCAAAAUCCGAACAGACUUGACCGCAUGUAAAUCAUUGUUUAGACAUCAGAGUGUCAGAUAAAUACAAAGGUCGUAGUAUUAAUUUGGCUCUGUCAGCAAGAGGACUUGCAGCUCUAGAAAAAGUUGGAUUGGAUCAAAUGGUGAGCUCUAUACUAGCUGUAGCUAGCAAAUUAACUGGCUGAAAUCAUAGUCUUUCAAAACAUGGUUUGGAAACUCUGCUAAAGUCUUUGUUCUAUCUUUUUGUUCGCGUUUAUGCAGUUUUGUGCACGGCCCGGUGCACGGUCAAUGAACACAUUGUAUUUCAGUAUAAUGAACAAAUCAUCCAAUAGCAACGUUUCAGUUCAGUUAUUCAACCAUGCUACUUAAAUAUUAAUAAACCUAAAACAUAGGAUGUGCACGGUGUAAGGUACGGCUCAACAUAAACACACAGCUCAUUAUAACCGGUUGCUUUGAAGUUUACCGAGUUUCCAGCUAGACCAUGUCUCGAAAGUGACAACUGGAAGUUUGGAAAUUGAUAUUUUUAAACUGCAUGCCUCAGAGACAACAACCAUGUAGUAAGGAAUAUGUCUUUACAUUUCAAGGUGAAAGAAACUGGAAUUCCAAUGCCUGGACGUAUUAUUCACAAUUUAGAUGGAAAGACAUCAUUUAUACCUUAUGGAAAGAAAGGACAGGUAGAAAUAUGACAUGUAGAUGACACAACAUAACUCUUGACGAAGGGCCUUCGCUCGAAACGUCGAGUUUCUGCUUAUUUUUUAAGGUAGUAAUAUAACCACUUGGCACAGCAGAUGACACAACAUACUGUACCGUACAACAUGGCAUAUAGAUGACACAACAUACGUCAUACUGUACAACAUGACAUGCAGAUAGACCACAGACAGAUUGUUCAACAUCAUCAUUAUUGGUUGAUUUUGUUUUAUUUAGCAUCUGUUUUCAAUUUCAAGAAGUACAUUAAAUAAGGAUCUGUUAACAGGUAUAUCGAUCAUAUUUGCUAACAUACUAAUUUCCAUGUUUUUGAACAACAACACUUCUUACGUUAUUUUGUACUAUAUUUCAUCAGCUGCAGACAAUCUUCCUAAUGUGGACAUUCAUUGUGAGCACAAGUUGAUUGCUAUGGAUAUUGAAAGUACAAAAUUAAAUUUUCAAGUGUAGGUAUAAACUUAUACCAUAAACAAUCCGUGCCAGUGCAGCUAGUGCUAAGAAAGUUACUAGUAAUUUCCCGAAGAAGGGCCUUCACUCAAAAUGUCGAAUUUCUCCUUGUAUUUUCAGGUUGUUGCAUCCGUAUAUCAAUCCAAAGCUUUCAAACGUUAAACCAUUAAAUGUUUACAAGGCAUCUUAAUACUAUAUGUUGUUAUACGGUACCAAAUAUUGUAUUGUAUGUUCUGCUUUCCAGGCAUGGCAAGGUUGAGAAACAAGUGGAGGCUGAUGUAAUAUUCGGAAAUGAUGGAGCUCACUCUGUUGUGAGAAAAGAAAUUUUGAAAAAAACGAGGUACACAUUUCUGUACAAAUAGGAAAAAAAUAUGAAAACAUAACCUUGGAUGGGACUGAAGCCUUGGUCAAACAAGGAAGAAAGUUGAUGAACGUUAAGAAGCAAGAGUUUGCAUGAGAGUUGCAUGCCCUGGUCGAACAUGAACAAGAUCGAGUUGCAUGAGAGUUGCAUGCCCUGGUCAAACAUGAACAAGAGUUGCAUGAGAGUUGCAUGCCCUGGUCAAACAUGAAUAAGAGUUGCAUGAGAGUUCCAUGCCCUGGUCAAACAUGAACAAGAUCGAGUUGCAUGAGAGUUGACUGAAUAUUUAUUUACGACAUGUGUAGUGAAAAGUCUCAUCCAAAUUUGAACCAGUUCAAAGUGAGACUUGCAUGAGGGUUGCAUGAUGAGCUAGGGUUCAUGAUAGCUAGUACACAGUAGCGUAGCCAGCCUGACGAUUUAGUCCCCUAUGCAAAUAUUUUUGUGCUCAUUGACUGUGAAAACAAUCGAUUUCUUAAGAAAUGAGUAAUGAUGAUUUUGAAUUUGCAUAGCGGGACUAACUUGUCGGGUUGGCUAAUGUUGGUCAGUGAGGGUUGAUGAAUGUGUCAAAUCCUCGUUUGAGCGAGGCUUAACUCUGGUUUGAUAAUUUAAUGUUUUAGACUGGACUACAGUCAACAAUAUAUUCCACAUGGUUAUAAAGAACUUGCUAUGUUGCCAAAGAAUGGAGAGGCUAGUUAAUUUUUAUCCAAAAUUUACAUAUAUCUAGUACAUGAGUGUUCAUUCUCCAUAUUAUUUCUCAAUGUCUUGUAUAGUAUGCGAUGGACCCCAAAGGUCUUCACAUUUGGCCAAGACAAACUUUUAUGAUGAUAGCAUUGCCAAACCAGGUGCAACAAAAUCAAGUAUAUCACAGGGAAAAAAUUUAAAUUUCCAUUAAAUGGGUUAUUGAAUGUUUAUUGAAGAUUUACCAUUUUAUCAAUGUAAAAAACUGAACUCUUAAGCUUAACUUAAGAUGCACUUGGUAAAAACCAUGUUUAAUAUUUACCAUUAAUGGUAUUUUCCUGUGCACAGGGAAAAAAGACCAUUUAAUUUAAUUAAUUAAUGGUAGUGGAAAUCUAUAAUAACCAAUAAUGGUAAGACUUCAGUUUUUACAUUCAAAAAUCCAUCAAUUGAAAUUUAAUUUUUUCCCCUGGUUAUAUGACUAUGCUGUCUGGUUUUUGCAGCGUACAUAUUAAUUCCCUUUUUUUUUCAGGACAAAUCAUUCACAUGUACUCUGUUUAUGCCUUUUGAAGUUUUUGACAGGAUUAAAACAAAGGUUGGUAUUUGAUUAUUUCUGCAGCAUGCCAUGUAUCAAUGUUGUGUUGUGUAUUUAUUGCAUAUUUCCAUGUUGUUUGUCCAGGACGAUGUAAUUGCUUUCUUUAAGAAAGAAUUUCCUGAUUCAGUCUCUCUAUAUGGCGAGUAUGUAGUGUUUUAUUUGGUGUUUUAAACGAUACCUCAUUCCUGUUUCACAUUUAACAGCAUAUAAUAUGUCAUUUUAUUUUAGAGAACAUUUAAUAAAUGAGUACAUGACAAAUGUUGUUGGCAGCAUGAUAUCAAUUAAGGUAAAAACUAAAUGUGAUGAAAGUCUUGAAAGAGUACAGUUCAUGCAUGUACAAACAUAUACAAUUGACUCCAACCUAGCUACUUAAAUACGGUUUGAAUACCUCAAAAAGUUUGCAGGUCGUAUGGUACCAAUAAGAGGAGGCUAGACUGUAAUACUGGCGUACCUUUGGUACGUAAGUACGCGAAUUAUCGCACACUGAUUCUUUUCUGUUGCAGUGUGAUCCGUACCAUCUUCAAGAUAAGGUCAUUUUCUUUGGUGAUGCAGCUCAUGCUAUGGUGCCUUUCUAUGGUCAAGGAAUGAACUCUGUUAGUUCUAUGACUUUUGUUGACAUCGAGAGUGGUUGGUUAAGUAUUUGAACAAUGUUGUGGUUUCUCAUUCAUUUUUUUUUUCUUAGGCACUAGAGGAUGUUCGGAUAUUUAAUGGUUUUCUUGAUGAGUUUCAUGAUAAUAUGGGUAAGAUUACAUGCACGCAUGUGUAAGGUUGUUUACAUGAUCCUGCUUUGCUGAAAGGGAUGAUUUUGAUGCAUUGAAAUAAGUCACCAGGCUUAACAAAAGUUCAAACGCCGGUUAAAAAAACUCAAAUGUUAUCGAGAAAAUCUCGUAGUUCAAGAAGAUUAUUAUUGCUGCUGGAGCAAUCUUUCGUUGACAAACUAACAUACUAUAAUCUAUUACUAGAAAGAUGUAGUUUUGUUGCAUCAUACACCGUUUCAAUACAUCAAUAUCGUCGACCCGUGUCACACCUCGUCCUGUAUUCCAUAUUAAACUGCCAUGGUGUUGCAUUGCAGCAUAGAAUGUGUGUUUCAGUUAUUAAGUGUUUUUUACAGGACUGGCUAUGCAGGCAUUUUCAAAGUCGCGAAACGUGGAUGCACAAACAAUUUGUGACUUGUCAAUGCAGAAUUAUAUCGAAGUAGGUUGGAUAUUACCUGUUGUUCUUUGUGAUGUUACUCUGAGUGUACAUCCACACCGGGAAAGCUGAAAGGUUUUCAGCUUGCCCGGUGUGGAUGCACACUCAGAGUAAUUUACAUCACAAACAUCAUAUUCACCUGAGUAGAUAACGCCAACACACACAAAAAGUAUUACCUGCUGUGUUAAGUGUUUUCACGUGGAGUUGUGUUUUCAGAUGCGAUCCUUGGUGAGUUCCAAAUCCUUUCUCAUCAAGAAACAUGUCGAUAAUUUUCUGCACUGGUUGAUGCCAAGAACAUUUAUACCCAAAUAUACAAUGGUAAGUCAAAUGACAAUAGUUGUAUGUACUAAUUAAAACACGGACCGUGUUGUAUCGGAUAUACAAACUCGAGCCGAAGGUUUGUGAAACGUCUUGAUCAGAACAUCAUUAUUCUUUAACAAUUAAAAUAAAUGAAUGAUAUUUGGUGAGAAAAUUAAACGUAAAGUUUAUGUAAAUCAGCAUGAUUUUGUAUCAGAUACACAAACUCCUUCACACGCAUGAUUUCUUUUGUGUCAUUUCUUUCAAUUCAUGAGAAUUAUUAAUGAGUUUCACCAAUAUUGAUAAAAUGUCACUGGGUUAAAAUAUUCUUCUUAGGUUUCUUUUACUCUUACUCCAUAUCAUCAAGUGGUAGCCAGAACACAUUGGCAAGACAAGGUACCAUUAUAAGUGACCAACUCUAUACUAACUAUAUAUAUAUAUAUUAGGGUUGGGCGAUAUUUCGAUAUUUUGAUUUAUUGUGAUAUUGUCAUUCGCGAUUAUCGUAUCGAAGGUAGAAACUUGAGCGACGAUAUAUCGAAAUUAUCGUCAUGCUCGUUGACUAUCGUGAUAUUGCUUCGCAUGUGAAUAUAGCUUUUAUAAAAAUCCUAAAAAAUUCCUUCAAUUCCUAGAAAAUAUAGUUUUUAAAAGAAUUAAAACUAUUUCCUGAAUUAAAUACAAAUUUAAUACGAUAUUGGUUAAGCCUUGGUGUUACGGUCACCAAUUAAUAUACUGUACCAUUCUAACUUUUAUACAUCGUAAUUAUCCCUACUUAUCACUGGUAAUCUAGUACUCCUUGGUAAACUAGUAAUUAAUCAUUGGUAAUCUAGUAAUCCUUGGUAAUCUAGUAAUCAUUGGUAAGUUAGAAAGCCUUGGUAAAUUAGUAAGCCGCUGAACAAUGAAAUUGCAGGCUUUGCUUGCGCUGUGCCCCCACGGCAUUUGUGCCUGCGGAGAGACAGUAGACACUGCAUAGACUUCUGGUUUAUGAACAGUAAAUAUUAGACUAGAAAAAGCCUUCAUUUUACUUUAAUUUGUUGUUUUACUUGUUUUUAAUAAGAUUUUAUAAGCUUACUAUGCUUUGAUAUUAAUUAAAAUUGAAAAAUGUGGUCAUUGUUUUUAUUGCAUUUAUCGCGAUAUUAUCGAAUAUCGUGAUAAUUUCCUCGACAAUAAUCGUGAGAUGAUUUUUUUAAUAUCGCCCAACCCUAAUAUAUAUAGUUGAUAUUUCCAUAAUUCUGAUUAAUUACUGUUUCAGAUUAUUGAUAGAGUAACGAAAAUAUUUGGUUUGCUAUCCGUUAGUCUUGGUGUGAUACUGGCACAGAAGAUCUACCAACGUUGCAGAUAAGUUGUUGGCAAACUAACUCUUUAGUCACAUUUAAUUUCAAUUAUUUAUAACAAAGUUAAAUAUUUAAUACUUUACUACAUUAUCGUGGGUGAAGUACAUGCAUUUGGUUAAAUGACAUUAUCUGGACUUCAUACAGUUUAUUGGUUUGAAAAAACCAAAUUGUUAUUAUAUUUAUACUUAUAGAUAUUUUCUUUAUUUAAAUCAAUAAAAAUGUC